GUGGCUUAAAGCCGCUCCGCACUGGGACGAAAGUUGGACAGGUUACCUUCAUCCUGAUGAAUUCUUCCAAUCAGCUGAGGUCAUGGCAGGAGAUAUUUUAGACCUACAAGUCUAUUAUCCCUGGGAAUUCCUUUCCAGUUCUCCUUGUAGAACAGUUGUGUUUCCAUUAAUUACAUGUGGCAUUACCUACUGGAUGAUCAAGUCUUUGCAACAGCUAGGCAUCUGGUCAAAUGGCAUCAACAGCUACACCCUUCUUGUGACACCUCGCCUUCUCCUCACCAUUUUUUCUUUCAUACUUGACUAUACCGUGUAUCGCAUAGCGCCUUUCUGGGGUGCAGAUCGUUGGAGUGCUCUGGUUCUGCUUGCUGGGUCCUAUGUUACACUAGUAUUUUAUACAAGAACAUUUACCAAUACGCUUGAAGGACUACUGUUUGCCCUGCUGAUGGUACUAGUAUCUCCAAAAGCAGCUGGUUAUGGAACAGCACCUAAAUCAGACAUCAACCAGGCAAAAUCUACCAGUAGCGGUUUCAUAGGGAUUAUAACAGUUGCUGGGUUUUUCAACAGGCCAACUUUUCUAGCAUUUGCUUUAAUGCCACUGCUUUACUGGACAGUUUUAAAUGCCACUUCUCAGCACAGCAUUAAAACUAUUGCAAACCAUCUCUGGAAGUUUGUUUCCAGCACAGUUUUCACUGCCAUUAUCUUCACAGUAGCUGAUACAUUAUAUUUUACCUCCAUUGGAUCAGAGAUUAGCCUGUACAGCAUUAAAAAGAAUGGCCUGUUAAGCACCAUAGCUCAAAUAAAUCAGAAUGUAAUAGUUACCCCUUUUAAUUUUCUCCGCUAUAACCUUAAUCCCCAUAAUCUUGCACAGCAUGGGAUUCACCCACGAUUUACUCAUUUUGCAGUCAAUGGGAUAAUACUCUUUGGGAUUCUACACAUUCUAGCCAUCAGCACUGGUUUAAAAAUGCUGAAAAUAAACAUCCAUCAAUUAUGGAUCAGACUACGUAAUCAUAUGCCACUUACAAUGAUGAUGUUUGCUGAGGCCACUCCAAUAUUAUUAUCAUUCUAUUUUGUUCCUUUGGCAUUUCUUUCUCAAUUCAACCACCAAGAACCUCGAUUCCUCAUUCCUCUUAUUUUACCACUAGUCCUAUUGAUCACAUUGCAGAAUAGGACCCUAAAGUGGAAACCCAUCAUUUUUGUUUUCAAUGUUCUUGGUGCCCUUUUGUUUGGGUGCUUACACCAGGGAGGACUGAUCCCAUGUCUGUCUCAUUUAGAACAACUCAUACAUUCUCCAGAGUCCCUGAACAAUCCAGCACACUAUACUCUACUCUUUGCUCACACCUAUAUGCCUCCCAGAUUUUUGCUCAGUAUUAAUAAGAAAGACCCACUAGUAGAAAUAAUUGAUAUGGCUGGAACUGAAGAAAAGACCCUUUGCCAGACACUGGUACAAUUAGCAAACAACAUUUCCUGUGGUUCUAGAGAGAUUGAUAAAGAAAGAACUUGUCAUUUUUUUAUUAUAACGCCUGGUACAGUCAAAACAACAAUAGAGAAAUGUGGGGUUUUGUUCAAGAAUGAGACAUUAAUAUUUCCACACUUAACAAUGGAAGAUCCACCACAAAUAACUUUUCUCUUCAGUGAAAAAUGGAGAAGUCAGUUGGGGCUAUACAUCCUUCAGCUGGACAGAAAUGAACAGAACCUUUAGUUAUUAGAGGAUUUAUGUUUCACUUUUAAAUUGUAUUUAAUGCUGGAAAAAGUUGCUGGAUUGGGAGUACUGGAGAUUGACAUGUUCUCUCUUUAUUCACAGACACAAGUAUAACACAGGGAGUAGCAGUGCAAGCUUCCCCAUGUUGUCCAUUCCAUUAUUCAUGAUUGUUCCUCAACCAUGUUCUGGACAGACCCUAAAUGUGAGAAGGUCGGUCAAUCUCCAGCUUUAUUUUUGCACUAAGAUAAUUUUCCUGCCAAGAGAAGAAUUAGAGAACCAAGGCUGAAUUUCUCUUCAUUAAAACUUUCCAAAUAGCUUUGAUUGAGUCCAUUCUUCUCUGGUGUCAGGUGUAUUGUUUUAUUGAGUUUUGUAUUCUGUCUCUUUGAAUUAUACUUUUUAUUUAUAUGCAUUAAUGCCACGGCCAAGCAUUCAGGGCCUCCUCCCUGUAGUUACAGCAGGACAGUCACAAUAUAGAAUUCAUCUUUACUCAGUUACCUCAUGGUGCAUGAUUUUAUCCUCUCAAGGGAACAACAGGCAAAGAAUAUACUUUUAUAUGAAUAGCCUGAGUUUAAACUGACUCAGGGCCUUCUCUCUGAUCCUGGUAGGACUCUCUGUCCCAAGAACCCCAAAUCUUUCCUGGCUGGGGUUAGGACGACUUUGGUCGACUUAGACUCAAGAAUAUUCAUGGAGGAUCUUUACUAAACUUUUAGCAUGCAUAUGUUCUCUCUGAAUUACCGUAAGAAUGGCUAUACUGGGUCAGACCAAAGGUCCAUGUAGCCCAAUAUCCUGUCUUCUGACAGUGGCCAAUACCAGGUGUCCCAGAGGGAGGGAACAGAAACAGGGAUUCAUCAAAUGAUCUCUCUCCUGUAAUCAGUUUCCAGCUGCUGAAAAACAGAGACUAGGGACACCAUUCCUACCCAUCCUAGUUAAUGGCCAUUGAUGGACCAAACCUCCAUGAA